CUCAAUGGUCAAACUCUGGACGACGUUCUUGCAUUUAAAAGCCAAGUACUGUGGCUGUUAUUUAAUAUUAUGACACCGUUGAAGUGUAAGGGGACACCAUAUCAAGAAAAUCAGAUAUUAUUUCUCAGAGUGGACGGCAAGUGGCAGCCAGAGAAUGGCUCAAAUGUUGGUGCUUCUCUCGACGGCUGCUUUGCCUUUACGGAUCGCAGUAAAACCUUGUGUACGCAGUUCAGUGGUGUCGGCAAAGAAUGUAUCUGUGCUGCCCGUCUACCGUGGCUGUUCUGUCAGGAUUCUUGCACAAAAUAAGUUGUCAUCUCAUGGAUUAUAUUCAUCUCAUGGACUACUUUACUCUGCUGAGCCUCCAAAAGGGAAGGAAUCACGUGGCAGGGGAGGCCGUCGAAGUGGCAGGAAAAGAGCAGGGGAAAAUUGGUGGAGCCGCAUGAAGAAGGGAGACAUCCCAUGGGAUGAGAAGGAGUUCCGUGCCCUGGCAAUGUUAGUAACUGGGAUAUCAUCUGCCGCACUCUACAAUCAGUUCAGUGACACAGCAAAGGAGAUCACCUGGAAGGACUUUGUCCAUCAUUACCUUGGCAGAGGAAUGGUUGACCGUUUAGUGGUUGUCAACAAACAGUAUGUGAGAGUCAUUCUAUUACCAGGAGCUGAUGAGAGCCAAGUGUGGUUUAACAUCGGUAGUGUGGACACCUUCGAGAGGAACUUGGAGGUGGCUCACGAUGAGCUGGGCGUGGAGUCCUCUCAUAGGACAGCUGUUGUGUACAGCUCAAAUCGUGACUGGACAUUAUUGAUGCACGUGAUCUCCACCCUGGGGCUGAUUGGUUUCCUGCUCUUCUCCCUGCGACGGAGACCAAUGGGAGGUGGUGAUUGGACCGACUUCACCCAAUCCAGCAUAAGCGAAUCACCAGCGAAGAUGAUGGACAACAUAAACACCAAGUUCAAGGAUGUUGCCGGCUGUGAGGAGGCCAAGCUGGAGAUCCUGGAGUUUGUUAACUUCCUGAAGAACCCCCAGCAGUACCUGACCCUGGGGGCCAAGAUCCCAAAGGGUGCUGUGCUCUCUGGACCUCCAGGCACAGGCAAGACCCUGCUGGCCAAAGCCACAGCAGGAGAAGCCAACGUCCCCUUCAUCACAGUCAAUGGCUCAGAGUUCCUGGAGAUGUUUGUGGGUGUUGGGCCUGCCAGGGUGAGAGACAUGUUUACCUUGGCCCGGAAGAACGCCCCUUGUAUCCUGUUCAUAGAUGAGCUAGACGCGGUGGGCCGCAAGAGGGGCGGGGGAGAUUUUGGGGGCCAGAGUGAGCAGGAGAACACUCUCAACCAGCUGCUAGUGGAGAUGGAUGGGUUCGAUACCAGCACUAACGUGGUUGUCCUGGCGGGUACCAACAGACCGGACAUCUUGGAUCCUGCACUCAUGAGGCCUGGUAGAUUUGACAGGCAGAUUUACAUAGGCCCACCUGACAUCAAAGGCAGAGCGUCCAUCUUCAAAGUGCACUUACAGCCCAUUAAACUGGACCCUGCUAUGGCCAAAGACGGAUUGGCCAGGAAGAUGGCUGCCGCCACACCAGGCUUCACUGGAGCCGACAUAGCUAACGUGUGCAACGAAGCUGCCCUAAUCGCUGCUAGACAUCUCAACCCACAUGUGGAAGGAAAACACUUUGAGCAGGCCAUCGACAGGGUCGUCGGCGGUCUUGAGAAGAAGACCCAGGUGCUGCAGCCCAAUGAAAAGAAGACUGUAGCAUACCAUGAGGCUGGACAUGCAAUAGUGGGCUGGUUCUUGGAACAUGCUGACCCACUGCUGAAGGUGUCCAUCAUCCCCAGAGGGAAGGGGUUAGGGUAUGCCCACUACAUUCCCAAGGAACAGUACCUGUACACGCGGGAGCAGCUGUUAGACAGGAUGUGUAUGAUGCUGGGAGGACGUGUGGCUGAACAGGUCUUCUUUGAGAAAAUCACCACAGGAGCUCAGGAUGACCUGAAGAAGGUCACCCAGUCAGCCUAUGCACAGGUAGUGCAGUUCGGGAUGAGUGAGAAGGUAGGCCACGUGUCGUUUGACCUGCCUCAGCAGGGGGAGAUGGCGAUGGAUAAACCUUACAGCGAGGCCACGGCAGAGCUCAUAGACCAGGAGGUCCGAGACCUGGUGGACAGCGCCUACCAGAGGACCAUGGAGCUCAUUAUGGACAAGAGGGAGUGUGUGGACAUGGUGGGGAAGUGUCUCCUAGAGAAGGAGGUCCUGUACAAGGCGGAGCUGCUGGAGCUGCUGGGGCCACGGCCGUUUAAGGAGAAGCUGACAUAUGAGGAGUUUGUGGAGGGGACUGGCAGUUUUGAAGAGGACGCCAGCCUGCCAGAGGGCCUGAAGGACUGGAACCAGGAGAGGGGACGUAGCUGAGGAGCCUGCCCCAGUUAAGGAGAAACGGGACCAAUAGGCAGGACAUCCAGUGACUGGCGACCUCUUAACCUAAAACCUAUCUCAGCACAACACGCAUCACUUCAAUCAUGUAGCCUAGGCAGAAGGGAGGGUUUGGGUGGACUUAGCAUAGUACAGUGUCCAGGGACCUAUUUAUCGGAGUUCAAAGCAAACUUUCAAGCCCAAAUUCAGAUCUUUCAUUCCCAUUUUUGGGGUAAGCCACAUUUUACUCAAAGGAAAAAUAUGAUUGACAGUGGAUGCAUUGAUUUGCUCUUUUUUUAGGACUUUGAUUUACUUCUCUCUCCACAUAUGUUUCAUAUGUUUGUCAUAACUGAAUCAUGUACAGUCGGGUACAAAAUGAUUGGCACACUUGAUGAAGAUGAGCAAAAAAUACUUUAUAAAAUAAAUGCAUAGUGAGCUAUAUUUUUAUGGGACUUUUUUUAUAAUACAAUUGCUCCCAGAAGGGUAAUCAAAAUUAUUUGCACCCUGUUUUUCAAUACUGUUGAAUAUCUCACCUAAGGGCACUGAACCUUUUUUUCCUAAAAUGUUUUAUGAGAUUGGAGAACAUAUUUGGAGUGAUCUUAGACUAUUACUCCAUACUGAAUCUUCCCAGAUCCUUGAUAUUCUUUGUCUGCCCUUAUGGACUCAAUUCAAACCACAGAUUUUUUGAAUGGGGUUCAAGUCUGGAUACUGAGUUGGCCAUGUCAAAAUGUUGAUUUUUGUGGUCAAUUAACCAUGUUCUUUUGUGGAAUUUGAUGUGUGCUUGGGGUUAUUGUCUUGCUGGAAGAUCCACUUGUGGCCAAGUUCAAGCCUCCUGGCAGAGGCAGCCAGGUUUUUGGCUAAAAUGUCCUGGUACUGGGUGAAUUUCACUGCACCAUUGACCUUAAUAUCUUACACAAGGUAUGGGGUUCAUUCUUUUGACACCAAAGCACCACGGGUGUGCGUGGCCAAACAGCCUCAGUAUUUUUAUCUUUUCUCAUCUUUAUCAAGGGUGCCUAUCAUUUUGGACCUGACUGAACAUCUGCACCAUAAGACCAGAUUGUUUUGAUAUGUUCAGCUAUUUAUUUAAAAAGGGACUUCCUCCCUGUAAAAUGAAAUUCACAACUGUAUUUGUUUCCUUCCCUCAAAUGAAGGCUACAUUUCUAAUCUUGUUCAUCUUUAUCUACCAAUGACAGAGUUACUGGUUAUGAAAUAUGCACUGCUUAGAGUAUUCAUAUCGUAGUUCAUCAAAAUGCCAGAAAUAUACUUCCUUAGAUGUGUGGCCAUUUGCACUGCCUCCAUCUCUCAGGCUUGCAAUUGUAGGGUGUGAAAGCUUAAAGGGAUACUUCAGGAUUUUGGUAAUGAAGCCCUUCAUUUAGUUUCCAGAGUCAGAUUAAUUGUCUGAUUUCAGUUUGAAAAAAGUUGCUAACUAGCAUUAGUGCAAUGCCUUGAAGUCUAUGGUAAUUGCUAGCAUGCUAGUAGAUUUCAUAGACUUCCAGUCAUUGCGUUAAUGCUAGUUAGCAUUGGCUCGCGAAACUACCUCUAACUUCUUUCAUACUGGAUGCAAAGACAUAAAUGGUGUCCGUGAGUUCAUCAAACUCCGGCGACGUAGACAAAGGGCUCCGUUGUUCAAAAUCCCGAAGUAUCCCUUUGACCACAAAUUAUAACUGACUAUGCUCAGCGAGUUUGUUUUUAAGGAUGCUAUGCUGCUCCAGGAGUGCGCUACUGUACAUUUUUCAACAGCACAUCUACAGAAUUAUAAACAAGUUGCUACCUCACUUCAAAGCGAUGUAUUAAACUCAAUUGCCUUCGUAUAGGUUUGUGACAAUUUCCUGUAUGUCAGUACUAUAAAUGUUUCCACCAUUUUAACUGAUCAGCACGGAAGAUUCCUAAUAGUUUAUAAUUAUUGAUUUAAUACUCCAGUAUUGUAAAUAUGUUUGCAUAAAAUGUAUGUGUUGCUGGUGGUUUGGCUUGUGUGCACUUACCACUUUAACAGGCAAAUGUACCUUAUGUUCUCCAAUUACUGGGGACAAAGUAGUUUUCCAUUUGGAUUAUAAAUAAGAUGCUGUGUAUGAAGGCAAUGGGUAUACUACCAUGUAUAAAGCAUGUUUUUGUUUACUCUGCUUACUGCCACCAACCAUCUGCUUGUAAUUUCACAACUUUUAAUGUUACUUUCAAUAAACUGUUUGCAUUUGA